ACGAAGUUUGUCCCCGCGGCGCCGCCGUCCUCGCUUCCCUGUAGGCAGGGCUGCUGGCAGGCUUCGCGGCGCGCGGCGUUUCCGCUAUUAGGGAGAGCAUACGGACAAGGAUAAAGGAUGCGAUAGCCUCCGCGCUGAGCUCGGUGCGGGCCUGGCACUGAACCGGUCCUCGCAGGAGCUGUGCGUCAGGAAGGGAAGAAGAAUUGCUUCCCUACUUCUCAGAAGCUUCUUCAAGCGGUGCUGCAGGCUUGCGUUCUUUUCCAUGGGCGUUGAGAUGAAAAUCUUUGUGCAACAGACGACUUUAGUUUGGUGGGCCUGAUCAGAAUAAUGUUCAACAUAAACCCUCUGGAGAACCUCAGGGUUUACAUCAGCAGCCGCCCACCCCUUGUGGUGUUUAUGAUCAGCGUCAGUGCUAUGGCCAUUGCCUUUCUAACUCUGGGUUAUUUCUUUAAGAUCAAAGAGAUCAAGUCCCCUGAAAUGACAGAGGACUGGAACACUUUCCUUCUACGAUUUAAUGAUUUGGACUUCUGUAUUUCGGAGAACGAAACAUUAAAGCACCUCAUAAAUGACACCACAACUCCAGAGAGUGCCAUGACCAGCAGCCAAGCUCGGCCUUCCACACCAUCACCACAAACACUUGAAGAUUCUGGUCCUGUCAAUACUUCAGUUGCCAUCACUUUGACACUGGACCCCCUCAGACCCUUUGGCGGCUUUUCCCGGAAUGUCACAAGCUUAUGUUCUACCAUUUUUGGCCACCAAAUUGGACUCUCAGGCAGAGAAGCUCAUGAGGAAAUCAACAUCACAUUCACUCUACCUACUGCCUGGAAUUCAGAUGACUGUGCGCUGCAUGGCCGCUGUGACCAAGUUGUCUUCACGACCUGCAUGACAGUUACAGCAGCUACGGCAGUUUUUCCCGUCACAGUUCAGCCACCACACUGUCUUCCGGAAACAUACAUUAACGCAACCUUCUGGUACAAGAUCGUCACAACUGCAAGGGACUCCAACACAAAAUAUGCCCAAGACUACAACCCUUUCUGGUGUUACAAGGGAGCCAUUGGCAAAGUCUAUCAUGCAUUAAAUCCCAAAUUGACGGUUAUUGUUCCAGACGAUGACCGCUCCCUAAUUAAUCUGCAUUUAAUGCACACCAGUUACUUUCUUUUUGUGAUGGUCAUCACCAUGUUCUGCUACGCAGUCAUCAGAGGCAGACCAAUCAAAUUGCGACAAAGCAGCUCAGAGUUCUGUCCUGAAAAGGUUGCUUUCUCAGAAGCAUGAUCCAUUGCCUCCUUCCUCCAAAAGUGACCAAGUCUGCAAUCGUUGCCUGCUGAACCCAGAACUGGGUCCUGAUUGGUUACGAAUUGGUUAUCAUGAGACGUUGGAUUAUUCCAACCAAAGACAUUUGAAGUGCCUGUAAUGGUUAUUUAUAUAAAGAGUAUACUUGGAACAGUUUAUGCCAGUGCAGCUAAGAUUAUUGGGAACCCCUUUUCUGUUUUUGUUGGAAUGUUUUGUGUCUGUGUGACUCUGCAUCAGAAGGAUUGGAGAGGCAUGUCUUGCUGCAUUGGGGCAGUACAGAUGCCUUUGCGAGUAUCUCAGACAAAGCACCUUAUUUCUCCCAGCGGUCUGUCCGGCGUUCCAGGCAGUGCACAUCUCUGCUACGACAGUACAGUUCCAAAGUCACUGGUAUGCUCCAUUGGAGAGUCUGUGUGUGUGUGUGUGUGUGUGUGUGUGUGUGUGAGAGAGAGAGAGAGAGAGAGAGAGAGAGAGAGAGAGAGAGAGGGGUUGCUUUCUCCUUCCCAUUUGUACCCUGCUUGCAAAAAGUUACCCACUUUUCUAGAUUUGUUUUUUAAAAUACACAUACAACAACCAGCAUUCAAUCACAUUUUAAUCAUUGUUAAGAAAGAUAACGUGCUUGUAAUUUUAGAUUGGAAAAAGCAAGAGGGGCAGUAUCCCAGUUUACAUUUCCUUUCUUUUGAAGCAGUACCAAAAGUUUUAAGUCCAAGUAGGCUGAUUGUCCAUUGUUCAUGCUAGAUCCCAAGUUGGGGCUGUUGCCUGCAAAGGAAACCUUUUAAUUUGCAUAUGCAAAUAAAUUAUUUGGAUUGCAUCAUUUGACAUAGUUGGGGUAUGUCAAAGAUGAGUAUGUUUUACCUUCACUAGAAUCUUCCAGGUUACAGAACACAGAUAUUUGGAUGUCCAGAUAUCUGCACCAUUUGAAUGUAGGAAAGCAUUUGGAAAUGAAACUUUUUAUCUACAUGUGUAGAUUAGCUGUUGCUCUCUAAAACUUCAGUUUGGCUUUGGGAGGUUCUAGUGAUGGAAGAGGGCAGACUAUUGCCUUGAUGCAUCCUGAAGCACUUCUCUGCAGAUUUGUUUCUUACACCAGUUUUUGAAGAGAAAUAACAAACUGUCUAGAGCUGUAGAGACAGAUGAACUCUGUUCAGCUCUGGACAUUGCACAGUUUUGUUCCUUCCAGCUCUUUCCUUUUCAGCCCCUCUCAUGACUUCCCAGCUUUCAUACUGUUGGUCAGCUUCCUUCUUUCAAGGAAUGUAGGAGACUUUGCCAUUAGUUUGAAAACACUGCUAAUUGCCUUAAUGACUUUUCCAUUUUCUUCUUUGGUAGCAGCACCUUUUGGCAUUGGCAAUUGUUUGCACUUUCUGCUAUGAUGAUUCUCACAGUAGAUGUCCUUUUUAAGUGUUUCCAUCAAAUAAUAAGUUGCUCAUUUUUAUUCAAAAGGGUUCCUUAGUAGGUUGAUUUGUUUACUUGGUAUCUUGAAAUAUUUCCAAGAUGGGAGAGAUGUCCACAUUCUAGUGGUGAACAGUGAGUGGGCUGAAAUGAAGAAAGAUAGCAUUGUGUUUUUGAAUAGAAUUCCCCCCCAGUGGUUUUAAAUGUGCUAGCUUGGGAAAUAGAUCAUGGAAUUGGGGAAAAAAUAAAGAAUGCUGUAUUUUUACUUUGUGCUUUUAUGGUCCACUCUAGAUAGGAACUACUGAUGAUUCAGGAAUGAUUCCCAGGCAGUGGAGGGCUACAACAGGUCAUAGGGUAUUGGUGAAAAACAUCCAGGCAAGAGGGUACAAAUGGAAUACCGCAGUGGUUGUUUGGAUCAUAUUGAUCUUACCUUUUUCUUUUUUCAUGUUUGCUUAUUACUUGAAUCAGUUUGAUUCUGUUUGUGUUUUCUUUUAGAAUCUGCCAUUUCUGUUGGUCUCUGGCAGUAUAUGAAAGUUCCCAAUUUUAGUUUCUUCCCCCUAGCCUCCCACUGCAGCCUGCAGAUUUCUCAGCAGGAGAUGUAGAAUUAAAAGGGCAUUUAAUUUGCCUCUGAGCCUGGUGGUCAGUGAUUUGUUAAUGCAAUUUUUCUCCUAGGUUAAUUUUUGGUGUUUGUAAGAUGUGGAUAUUGCUUUGCAAAAAUAAAGUUUAUUAUCUUCAAUCCUA